CUACAUUCGUUCUGUUAGAGCGUUGCAGCAUCGUGUCCAGUUUUGUUGCCUCAAAAUGGCACUUGUUCUCGCAGCUGUUCUGUUAGCACUCAUGAAUCAAAAGGACGGCUACGGCAAAUCGCUCAACACUUUUGCGGGCCGUUAUAUAGCAUACGGUACGAAGUUCUACAACUGUGAUCAGACUCAAUUACCUACAUCCGACAAGCCCACGUGGAAUUGGUACCUCCGAUUCACGCACCACUUCAACCCACUUAAGCCAGAAGAGCUUCAACGCUUUGACGGGAACGUUACAGGAUUAGAAGAAGUGAAUGAUAAUUGCUGGGUCCAUUUGUUGAGCCACAAGGAAAUAUGUGUACCCGUCCUGUUCAAGGCAAAGAAGACCAUGUUCAUGUACACACUUCUUUCACAAACAUCAAAUUGUGGCUCGAUUCAGUACAAUUGAAAGGGUUUGUCGCUCGCCGAUGAGAUUCUUAGUUUUUUUUUUACAGCUAGUAAUCUUUCAAACCAUUGUAUUUGAUAGGUCUGCCGUGCUUCAAGGCAAAAAUAACAAUCGGUUCCGUAUUAAUCGAUUUUGCAGGCAAAUUUGGCACCCCUGCCAAAAAAUUAGCUGCAGGAUAAAAUAUUUGGCUGUACUGCUAAAUAGUAUUGGCGAUACAGCUAGUUCAUUGCUUCAGUUUGCUGUACAAAAAAAAUAGCUAGACCUAAGCUGACGAAUUUUUUGCACCUGAGCUCACAAAAAACUAGGGCGUGCUAUGUUUUUCUUUGUGUGUAUGAUACACUUGGGAAUCAGCACUCUUGUCUUUGGAUCUAUGCAAAUGGGUGUCAGAAGCCACGUGGACGUGUAACCACACAGAGUUUAAAAACCCCUCGUGGAUUAAAAAAAAAAACAAAAAACAUGUGGAUUUUACAAAAACCCAGGAAUAUGGAAACAAACAAUAUGGAACAAGGAAAAUUUACCACGUGGAAAUCUCAUAAGAAACCCCAAUCAACGGGCAGGAGCGGUAGCGGUAAUUAUUUUCUAGGCUUGUCCGUACCCUAAGUUAAUCUUCAUGGUUCAACAAACCGGGUCUUCCGUAGCUCUUCUCUGAUGUCCGCUUUGGGGCUGCGUGUCUGUAACCAGUUCAGGGGCGGACUGGCCCGGAGGGGAAACCAGGAAAUCGCUCCCGGGCCCCGCCUGUUUUGAGGGUUCGCGGGCCCCGGGCCGAAGGCCCGGCCCCUCGCGCGGGCCCAAGGCCCGGGUUCAAGUCCGCUCGCGGCCGCUCGUAGCCCGUCCCGUGUACCGCAACCUAUGGGCCCAGCCCGGGCCGAAGCCGAGUCUGAGCGGCAGAUCAAUCUAAACGGGCGUUCAAAGACACUAAUUUUAGCAGUUGUGUUAGGUAACACCAAAAUUUGGCUUUGAAUUAAGGAGUUUAUCAGUGAGUCAACAAGACAUUUUGACGUCCCAGCAGGGUAUUUUGGCGACCUUAUAACCCAAAAAAAUUUCGAGCUCGCUUCGCUCGCUUGUUUGGAUACGGUUGUUUGUUCCUAUAACUCAGGGAACUUAUUAGAACAGAGGGGCUGGAAAUCAAGGGAAAACUCAGGGGAAUGUAAAUGGAAAGAUUGUGGCCACUAUGUAACGAGUGCAAGACACGUUCAGGACAUAUCUAUUUUCACGUUUAAUUUUCAAUUUCACUCCUCGACCCACACUACCACUAAGAUAUUACUAAAAACACGAUUUUUUCUAUUUGCCCCUAGAAGGUAGGCAAAUCCGGGCACCUUAUUUCCCCCCGGGGUCACUACCCUCUAGUCCACCCCUGAACCAGUUCCACACUAUCAUCUGCGUUUCCACAGAGUGUUCAAAGCUGAAGCACAGAGUAAAUAUUAACUGUGUAACUGUCAUUCUUUAUCGGUAAAAACUGAGAUUUGAAAGCUCACUUGAGCUUGUAUUCUUUUGUGGGUAAUUUUGUAUUCUUU